AUGGCGACUGUAGGAAAAAGGAAGCGAGACGUCAGCUCUGAACUCACAAAUAUAAAUAAUAACAAUGAAAACACUUUAAUCAGAUCACCUGAACCUGGUCCAGGAGACAGCACACAAAAACUGCAGUUUGUGGAAGGAUCCAUAGUUCGGAUUAAAAUGUACAACUUCCUAACAUAUGACUUCUGCGAGGUGUAUCCAGGACCAAAUUUAAACAUGAUCGUGGGAGCUAAUGGUACAGGGAAAUCGAGCGUAGUUUGUGCAAUCUGUUUGGGUCUAGCCGGAAAGACUUCCUUCAUUGGAAGAGGCGAUAAAAUUGGACUUUAUGUGAAGCGGGGAUGCAACAAAGGCAGCAUUGAAAUUGAGCUUUACAAGCCUGAUGGGAACCUUGUGAUUACUCGAGAAAUUCAAGUUGAAAACAAUCAGUCAAUGUGGGCGAUCAAUGGGAAGCAUGCAACUCAGAAAAAUGUGGAAGAAAAGGUUGCUGCGCUUAAUAUUCAAGUGGGCAACCUUUGUCAAUUCUUGCCUCAGGAGAAAGUUGGGGAGUUUGCAAAAAUGUCAAAAAUUGAACUGCUUGAAGCGACUGAGAAGUCAAUUGGGCCUCCGGAGAUGUACAGGUUUCACUGUGAUUUAAAAAACUUCCGUUCAAAGGAGAGGGAGCUAGAGAAUUUGUGCAAAGAGAAAUCCAGUUUCCUGGAGAAAAUGAAGCAGAGAAAUGAGCGGUACAAACAAGACGUGGAACGUUAUUACGAGAGGAAACGGCACUUGGAUAUGAUCAACAUGCUGGAGAGGAAAAAGCCUUGGGUGGAAUACGAAACUGUUAGGAAGCAGUAUGAAGGUACGAAGAAUGAGCGCGACCAGGUGAAAAAAGAUUUGAAAAAGUUAAAAGAUGACCAGGCACCGAUGCUACGCAAAAUCCAGGCUUUUGACAGGCAAAUUGAAGUCAUUGAGAAGAAGAUGAAGGACAAGGCUUUGGAUAUCAAAGAAACAUCACAAAAGUAUAAGCAAAAACAAGACAUGCUGGAUCGUAAGGACAGAGAGAUUGAAGAUAUACAGCAGGCACUGAAUCUUAAGCGGGACGAAGAGACGGACCGGCAGAAGAGGAUUAAUAACACGCGACGCAUGAUCAAGGACUGGCAGAGCGAACUGAGCAGCAUCGGAGACCUGGACCACGUGCAGCCUCAGAUAGAUAGCAUCAACUGCCAGCUGCGGCAGAUUCAAGAGGAGAAGGCCAGUGCUGACGGGGAGCGCACAGACCUGAAGAGAGAGAGGGACAACCAGGAGAGUGAGAGGAGAAGACUAGCUAAUCUCUCCAAGAAAUUGGAAGAUAUGAUGAACAUGAAACAGGAGAAACUUCGGGAGAGGUAUCUAGACACCUAUAAGGCAUUCACAUGGCUAAGAGAAAACAAAGAGCGGUUCAAAGGCAAAGUCUACGAGCCCAUGAUGCUUGUGAUACGUGUGAAAGAUCCUAGAAGUGCAAAGUUUAUUGAGAACCACAUUCCACUUAAUGAUCUCAGGGCCUUUGUAUUUCAAAAACAAGAAGAUAUGGAAAUAUUCCUGAAGGAGAUACGUGACACCCAGAAAUUAAGGGUAAAUGCUGUCCUCGCACCUGCCCAGUCAUGUGCAAACAGGCCGCCACCAAGACCAAUCGAGUACUUGCAGCGUUACGGAUUUUACUCAUUCUUGCGAGAGCUGAUUGAUGCCCCGGAGGAGGUUAUGAGCUAUCUCUGCCACCAGUACAGAUUGAACGAGGUUCCAGUUGGGACUGAGAAGACCAAAGCAAUGAUUGAAACAGUUAUAAGAGAGUCCCAGCUGAGACAGUUUUACACAGCAGAAGAGAAAUAUAUUGUGAAAAAGUCCAACUACACCAACAAGACAAUUUCCAGUAACUCUGCUCUGCGCCACCCUCAGUUCCUCACAUUGACUGUGGAUGCUGAUGAAAGAAGGCAGCUUGAGGAACAACUAAAGACGAUUCAACAAAAGAUGCAGACAUUGGAUUCACAAAUGAAGGCCCUGUCGGAACGUCAGAAUGUGCUGGAUCGUAGGGACAAUGAGCUCAGAAUGCAAAAGAAAGACCUGUCUGAGCUGAAGGGAAAGAAAAGGCAACUGGAACAGAAAAUUAGCACCAAACAAGACAGUUUGAAGCAGAUGGAACAGUAUGACAUCAAUCUACAAGAAGAAGAAGAACGGACGAAAGCAAAGAUAAAGGCAGUCAAUGUCCAGAAAGUCAAGCUUGUAUCCGAACUCAUGCUGCUUAUAAAAGACUGUGCAACACUGAACAUGGAGAAGGUGAACCUGUCUCUUGAAAGUACUGAGCUAAAUGCCCAGAAGAGCAAACUAGAAACAGAUUGCAGAGAAGGGUCUUCACAACUGAAAAAUAUGGAGAAACAGUACACAGAGUUGGAGAACAGAAAGCUUUCACUGAAGGAGAACUGCAAGGCAUUGCUGAAGAAAGCAAAGGACAUGUGUAAUCUGGAUCCAGGCAAGAAUGCUGUUCCACAGGAGCUCCAGUCUGGGUUCCGUAAGCUUCCAGAUACUCUGGAUGAAAUAGAUGCUUUACUUCAUGAGGAGAGAUCAAGAGCCUCCUGCUUCACUGGCUUAAACGCUUCAGUUGUUGAUGAGUACACAAAGAGGACUCAGGAAAUUGAGAAUUUAGCAAAAGAACUAGAAGAAAAGAAAACUGAAUUAAAUAAUUACAGGCAGAAUAUUUCCCAGGUAAAAGAAAGGUGGUUAAAUCCACUGAAACAGCUUGUAGAGCAAAUCAAUGAGAAGUUUGGUGAUUUCUUCAGUUCCAUGCAGUGUGCUGGAGAGGUGGACCUACAUUCAGAAAACGAGGAGGAAUAUGACAAGUAUGGAAUUCGCAUUCGAGUUAAGUUUCGCAGCAGCACCCAGCUCCAUGAGCUCACUCCACAUCAUCAGAGCGGAGGCGAGCGCAGUGUUUCCACCAUGCUGUACCUGAUGUCUCUGCAGGAGCUCAACCGCUGCCCUUUCCGAGUAGUGGAUGAAAUUAAUCAGGGUAUGGACCCAAUCAAUGAACGGCGAGUUUUUGAAAUGGUGGUGCGCACAGCUUGCAAGGGAACCACUUCUCAGUACUUCUUUAUUACACCCAAGCUGCUGCAGAAUCUGACAUAUGCUGAUGAGAUGACUGUCCUGUGCGUUCACAAUGGGGUACACAUGCUGCCUCCUUCCAAAUGGAACUUAAAAGCUUUCUACAGAAGACGACAGCGAUUUCAGCGGAUGUUGGCCCAGUGAUGAGAGCUUCAACCUCUCAGUGCUUUUCAGUGCACAGCUCUUGUUCUCUUUGUGGAAAUACCCGUUGAUGAGAUGCUAAUCUACUUCUGUUUUGUUCAGUAAGUCAGUUAACUGCAGUAUCUGUGGAAAGUGAAUGUUUAUGGAAUUCCAGUAAAUUCUAAUGUGUAUUCUGUAUAUAGGUAUUUUAUAGUUAUUUACUUAACAAAAAACGACUUGGUGGGCUUAGCCCCCCCAGCUGGCUAUACCUGGAUAUGAAACUAAAGAAGUUAAAGUAAAAAAAAACAAAUGAUAAAAACAAGCUUGUCUGCAAAGAUGGUGCUUAUAGUAAAUACAGUACAAUCUAUGGUUAUCAAAAGCUGUUGGUUUAGUUAAUUUGUAUGCAGUGUUACAAACCUUAUUUGAAAGGUUGAUUUGUUUUGUUAUAUAAAAAAAUUAAGGAAUUGAAACAUUGGUAUUUUUUGUUAAACGCAGUACAUUGUGUUUGCUGGUUUAAGUGUUAUUUAUUAUUUAUUCAACUAUUUAUUAAUAGUUUAGGGGCUAUUUUGUGUUCAUGCCAGCAAUAUUGAAUAUUUCAACAGCUUUUCCAAAUUUUAGUUUCAAAAUCUAUAGCAUUUAAAUAUUGACAUGUACUGUGUUUCCAGGUUAUAGAUGAAAAGAAUAAUUAUCAUAGGACCUCCAAAAUUAGAUAGGAGCUUCCAAAAUUGUUAUCAUGUGGGACAAACAUUUUCCACUUUUGUAUGGCCACUAGAAACCACAUGUUAUGAGGUAGAUAUUAUGAAACGGGGAGGCCUAAGAAUUAGAUAAUAAAAAUGGAUUUUCAUGUGCCUACAGGACAAAUUCACAGAGCCAUUGAAAAGACAACAAUCUUCUACUGGGAUCCAUUGUUCUGUUUUAUUGAUUUUGUUUGUAGAUUGAACUGUGUUAUCUUGGUUUUCAUAUUAAUAUGUAACUACUGCAUAUAUUUUGUAUGCAAAUGUGUGUGUGUGGUUUUUAUGGUUUUAAAAAAAAUUGUCAACUGAAUUACUGAAAAUAGCAACUUGAUUUGCCAAUUGAAAAUCUGUUGACAACUCAAGUUCAUUUUCAUUAUUGAUAAGUUGUCAAGAAAAAAUGACUAAACUGCUUGUGCGGCCUCAAAACUGCCUGUGGAUUUAAUGGUUUCUCACAUUUGUUUCAGCAGAAAAAUUAAUGAAGAUCUGUUAAGACAGUGUGUUAUUUAUUGUUUCAUAAUAAAGUCGGACACACACUUUUAUAUACAUUACAUGCUGGGAUGCACCAGUCUGUAGCUCUUCUUGGUUUACAUGUUCUGUUCAAACAAAGACAAUAGAGUGGAAAAACCUCUUUAAAUGGAAAUGGCACAUGAACAAUCAACUGAAAAUCUCUCGCACCUGAUGCCUGCAUGUUUAGAUUACAGGGACAUUCCUAAAAAAAUGACAACUGAAUUGCUGUUGCUAAAUGUGCCAUAUGCACACUGGAAAAUUGACAAUUAUUUUAAGUCAUUUUAAGAUGGCGUCUGUUUGCAGUAAACAUGUUUCAGCAGCUGCUAUUGUAAUUGGAAUAAUUUUGAAAAGACGUUGGCGUAGAAACACUUGAAAGAAACAGGCAUGGAGCACUUGAUGCUUUGAUGCAGGAACUGCAUUUGGAGGAUCCUGCAGGAUUAAAUCAUUUUUUUAUGUAUGUCCCUGUCGACAUAUUAAGAUUUAUUGACUUGAGUCCGAUCACUGCAAGACAAAAUACAAAUAUGAGGGGGGCGAUUUCUGCUGGAGCGUCUGGUAAUCUCCCAGUUUUUUCGCAACAGUUUGUCUUUUACCUCCGAACAUAUUUGCUAAUGUCUUUUUUAAUUGCAGUCUUUAUAUUCUGCCCAUCUAACGUCCCAUGAACAUUUUCUAGCAUGCAGGGGAUCAAUUGUAAAGUGCCCUCAUGCAUCCACUUGUCUGUAGCCAUACUUCCUAUUUGGCAAAACUGAGAGUAAAAUCGGGUGAUUAGAUAAUGCAAUAUCAUUGGCUAAACAGACAGGCAUGUAGAUAAAUUGUCAACUGAAUUGCUGAAAAUAGAACAGUAGUCUAUUUCAGCAACUUGAUUCACAAUCGAAAACGUGUUGACAACUCAACUUGUGAAAAACGGUCCAUUUGAGUUACCAAGAAAAAGUUGCUUGUGUAUCCCUGGCCUUAGCAAAUCAAGUCAUAUGCUUUUAAAUUAUAGAAUUUCAAGUAUGUUGGGGGAAAAAAAUAUUGUUCCUUUUUAAAUUACGUAAUGACAAAGAUCUGCUAUCUGAAAACUAUGACAGUAAACAUUUCUUGCAAAGGCACAAGUAUGAAUGCAACUUGAUUUAGUUUGAAAAAUGAAAAAUAAUCCACAAAGCUGGCCACUCAUUUAAGUUAAACUUAAUAACAAAAGCUAUUAUGUGGUACAUAGACAUUUUAAUAGUGUUACUAGAUUAAUAGCAGCAUACAUUAACAUAGAGUAAAAUAACAUUAUUGCAUUGAUACGUUAGUCUGCUGGAUAGACUUUAGAGCACAAGUUAACAGUACAAUAUUUGUUUUAAAAUGUAUCUAUGUACAGGACAAUUACAAUGCAUACCAAGGUUUUAUAGUACUGUUUUUCUUUUUAUAUUCCCCAGAAAUAUUUUAACAUGCACUUAAUUAAAUACCCCCCUCCAACCAACCAAUGAAAUUAAUAUACACCAUAAUUAGCCAUAUUUGUUUCCAAAUAUAUUAUGCAGGAUGCAACAAGCAUAAAAUGCAAUGACAUGUUCAAUUAAUAAAGGAUUGUGUUUUAUCAUACAUACAAAACAAAGUAGGAGAACAGUUUGUCUAUUAAACAAACAUUCAACAUACAUUAUUAACCACAGUACAAAAAAUAUACAAUAUAAAAUAUACAAGUACAUAAACAAAAUUUAGCAGUGUGAAGAAAAAGUUGAAGCAUGCAGCACAUGGAUGGAUUGUGCUGGCAGGGCUAAGGAUUUUUUGACAGACUUGUAAAAAACAUUCUCACGUAGGAAAAA